AUAUAUAAAUCAAAUGAAAGAUAAGCCAGAUGUAAUAUGUAUUCAAGAAUCAUGGUUGAAUCCUAGACUAGAAUUUGUUUUAAAAGGAUACAUAAGUGUGAGAAGAGAUCGGGAAGAAGGAAAAGGAGGAGGAUGUGUGAAUUUUGUAAAAGAGGGAAUGCCUUAUAGAGUUUUGGAAAAAGGGGAAACAAUGGAAUAUAUAGUUGUAGAAAUAUGGUUUGGAAAUAAAAGUUAUGUUAUAAUAAACUUUUAUAAUCCGUGUAAAAGAUUAACACAAGAAAGUAUGGAAGCAAUAAAGGGAUUAAGAGGAAGUAGAGUAAUAUGGUGUGGGGAUUUUAAUGCCCAUAAUACUUUAUGGGGAGGUUUAUCGACAGAUGCAAAUGGUAUGGUCAUUGAAGAGGUGAUGGAAAAGAACAAUUUGGUCUGUAUAAAUGAUGGAACAAAAACUCGAAUGGAUGUAAAUUCAGGGAGGGAAUCUGCAAUAGAUCUAACAAUUGUUUCUAAUGCAUUAGGGGGAAUAAUAAAUUGGGAGGUAUUAAAUUGUACAGCGGGUAGUGAUCAUUUCCCAAUAUUAAGUUCAAUUGUAAAUAAUGAGAUAGGGAAGAUAAAGAAAGGAAAUACAGGAAAAUGGAAGUAUGAGAAAGCAGAUUGGGAAAAAUUCGAAAGAAUAUGUGAGGAAGGAUUAAAAAUGAUCAAGAUGAAUGAAAGAAUAAUAAUUGAAAGAAUAUAUACAGAAUUAAUAUCAGUGAUACAGAAUGCUGCUAGAGAAUGCAUUCCAAAAAGCAAUGGAAAGAGGGUGGGGAAAAUAGUUCCAUGGUGGAAUGAGGAGUGUGCAAUAGCAGUUAAAAGGAAAAGGAAAGCACUUAAAAUUCUAAGGAAAACUCAUAAUUGGGAAAACAUGAUAAUAUAUAAAAAGGCUCAAGCAGAAACUAGAAGAACAAUAAGGGAAGUGAAGAAAAAGUAUUGGAGAUCAUACUGUGAAGAAAUUGGGAAAAAUACUCCAAUUGAGGAAGUGUGGAGUAUGAUUAAAAAGAUGAGUGGCAUUCCAAGAGAAUAUGAGUACCCUGUGUUAUGUAUUGGGGAAUAAAGCAAUAAGUGAUGAGGAAAAAGCAGAAAUGUUUAGAAAAGAAUUCUCAAAAAUAAAUAGUUCAGACAAUUUGAUGAAGGAGUGCAAGGAAAUGAGGGAGAAGUUGUUAAAAGAACAUCCAUUUAUUUUAGGAAAAAAGAGAGUAACAAAUAGUUUUCUAGAUGUGCCUUUUUCAUAUUCAGAAUUAAAGAGGGCAUUAAAAAACACUAAAGAUUCAACUCCUGGACAGGAUGGAAUUAGUUAUGUAAUGUUAAAAAAGUUAAGUGAUGAAUCUCAUAAAAUUAUUCUAGAGUUUUAUAACAGCGUAUGGGAAGAAGGGACUUUACCUAAGAGAUGGAAAGAAGCAGUAAUAAUUCCCAUUAAAAAACCAGCUUUACAGGUGGAGAUGGGGGAGAUGCCAAUUCACUUAAGAAGGAAGCAAUUGAUACUGGCAUACUGGGUAAACUUAAAAGGGCAGA